AUGACCUCCUCUUGGCAGGUGGGAGCACAUGAGUUGUUUUCCGUUUGCUUUUGGGAACUUGGUACCGCAACCAAAGAAUCAAGCUUGGGCCAGCUCGGCACAUUCUUUAGGGCAACUGCCAUGCCAAAAGUAAAGAAGCAAAACCUCAAGAAGAAGGCGGCCAAGGGAAAGGCUGACAGUCGGAAGCCUGCUGGUGCGACGGGCACUUCAUCAGGAGGUUUGGUGACCAACAAGAAGUUUGGGCAGCAUUUGCUGCGAAACCCGGGCAUCGUGGAUAAGAUCUUGAAUGCGGCUGAACUGAAGCCGUCAGAUGUGGCUUUUGAGAUUGGUCCCGGCACAGGAGGGAUGAGAGACGCUCGGGAGAAGCGUGAGCUGCAAGCGGGUCAUCGCCUGCGAGAUCGAUCCCCGCAUGGCCGCGGAGGUGCGCAAGCGCUGCAGCGGCACGGGGCGCACCAACCUCGAGGUGCGAGAGAGUGA